AUGAGAGUGGUUGGCGUUUUCCGAAAUGUGGUCCGGACUUUAUUCAUGGCCAUCGCGGUGAUGCCCAUUUUGACCUUGGUUGAAGCUAAGCCAGCAUUCGGUUCAAGAACACUGGUUAUUUACGAUCAAAGGCUUACAGAACUCGACAGCUAUAGUACCUUCUUCAAUAGUUUGAAAGAGCGCUCUCAUGAAUUGACCUACCGAGCAUUAGGUAAUGACUCGACUCCUAUCUCUCUCUUCAGGGGUGAAGAUAGGCUAUAUGAUAACUUGAUUGUUUACCCUGUAAGGUCCAGGCAUUUCAACAAACAACUAUCGGUGGAAAACCUGCUCGAUUUUUUUUCUUCUGGGGGUCAAGUUUUAACUGUCACCUCGCCUGAAGGUCUGUCAGACAAUAUUCGCUCAUUUCUGAACCAAUUGGGAAUUUACCCUAGCCCCAGAAACUAUUACGUGAAUGAUUAUUAUCAUGGCGAUGAAAACAACACAUUAUACCUAACGAAAGGGAAAUCCCUCAAUGACUACGUGGUUUCGCCAGGAGAUUACAAUCUCGUGUACAAGGGUGCAGCAGCUCUUCUGGAUAAUCGUCAGCUAAUUAUUCCUGUCCUUCAAGCACCCAAGACGUCCUUUACUUUGGACAGCAAACAGAGUAAUGAGGAAUGGACUAUAGGCUCUGAAGGCUACCUUGCGGCUGCUUUUCAAAGUUUGCAUAAUACGCGCCUUGCAUGGGUUGGCAGUGAAGUAUUUCUCAGUGACGAAUUUUCAGCCAGUAACGGACGCUUUGCGGAGGAACUGACAAAAUGGACAUUUGGCGAAAAAGCGGUCCUCAAAUCGGUGGGAUUCACUCACCAUCAUGCUAGUGGCGCGAGUUACCUCGAAUCUCCUUAUAAGGUAAAGGACAGCAUUGUUUAUGAGAUCGGAUUUAGCGAGUGGAAUGGCUCAUCUUGGGGCCCUUUCACUUCUGAUGACGUUCAGUUUGAGCUAAGGAUGAUAGACCCAUACUACCGCAUUACUUUGCUUCCAAGUGAAACCUCUUCCGACGCGCAAUACUAUACCACGGGCAAUUUCAGUCUCCCAGACCAUCAUGGCAUUUUCACCUUUUUGGUUGACUACAAAAGAGCAGGGCUAUCUUUCAUCACCGAAAAGGACGUACGGGCAAUACGCCAUCUUGCAAACGACGAAUAUCCGAGAAGUUGGGACAUUACCAACUCUUGGGUGUAUCUUACGUCCAUUUAUUCGGUUAUAACUGUCUGGGUUCUCUUCGUUGUGCUGUAUCUCAGCCUGAGGAAGCCCAAAACCGUUGAAACCGGGAAGAAAAACAAUUAG